AGACCGGGAAGCUCGGCGCCAGAGCCUCCCCCAGCUGGGGGCGCAGCCUCCCCGACCUCAGAGCCUUAGACCCCCCACCCUUGCCGUCAUCACGUUCCUGUUCUCCCUUCUUGGCACUUUGCUCUGGAUCCAUCCUCGGGACAAACUUUGAUGGAGAAUUUCGCACCACGCUGGGAAGAUGCCGGUUAUGAAGGGAUUGCUGGCGCCCCAGAACACCUUCCUGGACACCAUCGCCACCCGCUUUGACGGGACACAUAGCAACUUCAUCCUUGCCAACGCCCAGGUGGCUAAGGGUUUCCCCAUAGUCUACUGCUCGGAUGGCUUCUGCGAACUUGCUGGAUUUGCCCGGACUGAAGUCAUGCAGAAGAGCUGCAGCUGCAAGUUCUUAUUUGGGGUUGAAACCAAUGAGCAACUGAUGCUUCAGAUAGAAAAAUCACUGGAGGAAAAGACAGAAUUCAAGGGAGAAAUUAUGUUCUACAAGAAGAACGGAUCUCCGUUUUGGUGCCUAUUGGAUAUUGUUCCUAUAAAGAAUGAGAAAGGAGACGUGGUACUUUUUCUGGCGUCGUUCAAAGACAUAACCGAUACGAAAGUGAAGAUUACUCCAGAAGAUAAAAAAGAAGACAAAGCCAAAGGCAGAUCAAGAGCUGGGACCCACUUUGACUCAGCCCGGAGACGGAGCCGCGCAGUUCUUUAUCACAUCUCUGGGCACCUGCAGAGAAGAGAAAAGAACAAAUUGAAAAUAAAUAAUAAUGUUUUUGUAGAUAAACCAGCAUUUCCGGAGUAUAAAGUUUCGGAUGCAAAAAAGUCCAAGUUCAUACUUUUGCAUUUUAGCACUUUUAAAGCUGGCUGGGACUGGCUUAUUUUGUUGGCGACGUUUUAUGUUGCCGUGACUGUCCCUUACAACGUUUGCUUCAUUGGCAAUGACGACGUGUCCACAACGCGGAGCACAGCGGUCAGUGACAUCGCAGUGGAAAUUCUUUUUAUUAUAGAUAUUAUUUUAAAUUUCCGAACAACUUAUGUCAGCAAGUCUGGCCAAGUUAUCUUUGAAGCAAGAUCGAUUUGCAUCCACUAUGUCACAACCUGGUUCAUCAUUGACCUCAUUGCUGCCCUUCCUUUCGAUCUCCUGUAUGCUUUCAACGUCACAGUGGUGUCUCUCGUGCACCUCUUAAAGACUGUCCGGCUGCUGCGCCUUCUGCGUCUCCUGCAGAAGCUGGACCGUUACUCGCAGCACAGCACAAUCGUCCUGACUCUGCUCAUGUCCAUGUUCGCGCUCCUCGCACACUGGAUGGCAUGCAUCUGGUAUGUCAUUGGAAAGAUGGAGAGGGAAGACAACAGCCUCCUCAAGUGGGAAGUCGGUUGGCUCCAUGAGUUGGGAAAGAGACUGGAAUCUCCAUACAAUGAAAACAAUACCAUGGGGGGCCCGUCCAUCCGAAGUGCCUAUAUCGCUGCUCUCUACUUCACCCUGAGCAGCCUCACCAGCGUGGGGUUUGGGAAUGUCUCUGCUAACACAGACGCAGAGAAGAUUUUCUCCAUCUGCACCAUGCUGAUUGGGGCCUUGAUGCACGCCUUGGUGUUUGGGAACGUGACGGCAAUCAUUCAGAGGAUGUACUCUAGAUGGUCCCUUUAUCACACCAGAACUAAAGACCUGAAGGACUUCAUUCGUGUUCAUCACCUGCCUCAGCAGCUCAAGCAGAGGAUGCUUGAAUAUUUUCAAACAACCUGGUCGGUCAACAAUGGAAUCGAUUCAAAUGAACUUUUGAAAGACUUUCCCGAUGAGCUGCGUUCUGACAUCACUAUGCACUUGAACAAGGAGAUCCUGCAGUUGUCCCUCUUCGAGUGUGCCAGCCGAGGCUGCCUCAGGUCUCUGUCUCUACAUAUCAAAACCUCUUUCUGUGCUCCGGGGGAAUAUCUUCUGCGUCAAGGGGAUGCUUUGCAGGCCAUCUACUUUGUAUGCUCAGGCUCCAUGGAAGUUCUUAAAGACAGCAUGGUGCUGGCUAUUCUUGGGAAAGGAGAUUUAAUUGGAGCAAAUCUAUCAAUUAAGGACCAAGUAAUCAAAACCAAUGCAGACGUGAAGGCUCUAACCUACUGUGAUCUCCAGUGUAUCAUCCUUAAAGGACUUUUUGAAGUACUAGACCUUUACCCAGAAUAUGCUCACAAGUUUGUGGAAGACAUUCAGCAUGACCUCACAUACAACCUUCGAGAAGGCCAUGAGAGUGAUGUGAUAUCAAGAUUAUCGAACAAAUCUACGGUCUCACAGACAGAGCCCAAGGGAAAUGGCAGCAUUAACAAGAGACUCCCGUCUAUUGUGGAAGAUGAGGAAGAGGAGGAGGGAGAAGAAGAGGAGACGACCUCUCUCUCUCCCAUCUAUACAAGAAGAUCCUCAUCUUCACGCAGUAAGAAGACUGGAAACAAUAAAAGCUAUUUAGGCUUAAGCUUAAAGCAACUGGCAUCAGGAACAGUGCCAUUUCACUCACCCAUCAGAGUUUCCAGUUCAAAUUCCCCAAAAACCAAACAGGAAACUGACCCCUCUAACCAUGGCAAAAGAAAAGAGAAGAACUUGAAAUUGCAACUUUCAACCUUGAAUAGUGCUGGACCCCCAGAUCUUAGUCCAAGGAUUGUUGAUGGAAUUGAAGAUGGAAACAGCAGUGAAGAGAGUCAAACUUUUGACUUUGGUUCUGAACGCAUCAGGCCGGAGCCUAGAAUUUCUCCUCCUCUUGGAGACCCGGAGCUUGGAGCUGCUGUUCUCUUCAUCAAAGCAGAGGAAACCAAGCAGCAGAUCAACAAACUCAACAGUGAGGUAACAGCACUGACCCAGGAGGUCUCCCAGUUAGGCAAAGACAUGAGGAAUGUGAUACAGCUUCUGGAAAACGUUCUGUCACCUCAGCAGCCACCACGGUUGUGCUCUCUGCACGCCACCUCCGUGUGCCCUUCCAGGGAGAGUUUACAGACCAGCAUGAGCUGGAGUGCACACCCACCUUGCCUGCACUUGCAAACAGGUGGGGCUGCGUAUCCCCAAGCACAAUUUUGUCAUGGUAAUGUCACCUCAGACAUCUGGAGUGUUGCUCCCUCCUCUGUGGGAAGCAGCCCCCAACAAACUGGAGCUCAUGAGCAAAAUCCUGCAGACCGAGAACUUUAUCAUUCUCCCAAUCUUGAUUAUUCACCUUCCCAUUGCCAGGUGGUCCAAGAAGGUCAUUUGCAAUUUUUAAGGUGCGUUUCUCCAAAUUCAGAUACUACACUGACACCUCUGCAAUCCAUUUCAGCAACUCUCUCAUCCUCUGUCUGUUCCUCCUCGGAAACAUCUUUGCACCUGGUUCUCCCGAGCAGAUCUGAGGAGGGCAGUUUCGGUCAGCACGCUGUUAGUUCCUUCAGUCUGGAAAACUUGCCAGGAUCUUGGGACCGAGAAGGCAUGGCAUCAGUCUCUACCAAACCCUUGGAGAACUUUCCACUGGAAGUUGUCACAAGCACUGCAGAAGCAAAAGAUAAUCAAGCCAUACACGUAUGAGACCGGCAUGGACGACGCAGCGGCCAAUUUGAAACCCACCACUGCAUGACCGCUUCAGUUUGCCUUUCUUGCCUCUGGCGGGCACAAAGA